CGCUCCCGCUGCCGAGCCGCACACGCACGCACGAACGCACGAAUGAGUCAUACGCGCGAGCGCGCACCUGUUCACGUGGGCGCGCACGGCGCCCGUCUGGGCGGGGCGCGCGUCUUCUCCCCAUUUGGCGUCCGCGCCGGCGUCACCCGCGCGCGCCCGCGCGUACGCGUGAACGUUUCUCGUCUUCGGCUUCCUUCAGGCGCGUUUCGCGCUCUUUCGACGCCGCCGCCGCCGCCGCCGCCGCGCGCACUCUCGCUGCCCUUGCUGCAUUCGAGGACCCGAAAGACGGACGGGGGCGAUCGACGGGCGGGCCGAAGGACGAACAGACCCAGACCGACGGACAGACGCGCGAGACUCUAGACCCGCCCGGGACAGAGAUGGCGAAAGCGGACCAGCGCUACGGCCAGCGAGACGGCUCGGACCAGAACUUCGACUACAUGUUCAAGCUGCUGAUCAUCGGCAACAGCAGCGUGGGCAAAACCUCCUUCCUGUUCCGCUACGCCGACGACUCCUUCAGCAACUCCUUCGUCAGCACCGUGGGCAUCGACUUCAAGGUCAAGACCGUCUACCGCAACGACAAGCGCAUCAAGCUGCAAAUAUGGGACACGGCGGGCCAGGAGCGCUACCGCACCAUCACCACGGCGUACUACCGAGGCGCCAUGGGCUUCAUCCUCAUGUAUGACAUCACCAACGAGGAGUCCUUCGGCGCCGUGCAGGACUGGGCCACGCAGAUCAAGACGUACUCGUGGGACAACGCCCAGGUCAUCAUGGUGGGCAACAAGUGCGACAUGGACGAGGAGCGAACGGUGGCCCCCGAGAAGGGAAAACACCUGGCGGAGCAACUCGGGUUCGAGUACUACGAGGCCAGCGCCAAGGAGAACAUCAACGUGCGGCAGGUGUUUGAGCGGCUGGUGGACAUCAUCUGCGUCAAGAUGUCCGAGCGCGUGGACGUGGAGGCGCCGGCGGCCCCCGGGACCAAGACCGCCAGACUGAGCGACAAACCGGCCGGCCAGCUCCCUCAGAGGUGCUGCUGAUGGGGCGCGAGUCAACCCCACGCCCCCCCCCCCCCCCCGCCGACCUCCGGCCCCACCCCCGACCCGUUCCCCCGCCGCGUCCCGUCGCUGCCCGCCUGCAACGCUGUCAGUCGUGCCAGGCCGGCCUUUCCCAUAGCACAUACUUGACUUUGGAAAGAAAUGUCACAGGACAAAACAACAAAAAGCCCAAAACCCCCACCUCAAAAGUGUGUACGGUCAUUCUGGACCCGCCCACAAAAAAAAAGAAAAAAAAAAGCAAGACAGAGAGACCCCGAGCGACCAAAAUCCCCCGCCCCCUUUCGCCCUGAAAUGACUCGUUCAAUGAAAAUCAAACAAACAUGACGUGACUUUGACACAGCCCGAAGAACAGGUUUGUCGACAAGCUUGCCUAAUUGGAACCAUUUAAAAACGGGCCAAGUCGUUAAAAUAAGGCUCAAAAACAGGGAGACAAAAAAAAUAAAAAUCAAGCCUUUCUCUCUGCUCUCAAUGCGCUAAAAACAGGCCCCGCUCAACUGUCAAACGUCAAUCAAAUGCGACCUGGGAAAAAAAAGGAGGCUCCCUUGUCUGACCCCACCCCCUCCCCGCCUUUCUCGGUGCGAUUUUUCCCAAA